CGCUUCUUUGUUUACAUUCCCGAAAGAUGCAGUCAAGAUGGAAGAACUCGGAUAACAGAGACUCUAACCAGGAGGACUUUUGAUUUGGAUACACAGACGCCUGUAGAGAACUGGGACAACACAGACUCUUACCAGGAUUACUUUGAUUUGGAUGACAAAGACGCAGACGUGCUACUGGUUGCCAAUGGCAACACACGUUCUGCCCUGCGCUCUUCUCCUGGCGUCGGCACUCUUGCCCUCGUCACUUGCCACGGGGGAUGACCUCAUAGUCGAUACCAGGAAUGGGAAAGUCCAAGGGAUGCGUCUCGAAGUGCUGGGUGGUGAUGUCCGAGCCUUUCUUGGCAUCCCUUAUGGAAAAGCUCCCCUGGGCAAACUGAGAUUCCGAGCGCCAGAGCCUGCAGAAAGAUGGGACUGGGUGAAAGACGCGAGGCGAUAUCCAAAUUCCUGCUUCCAGUUUCCUGAUGUCACCUAUCCAGGUUUCAGUGGUGCGGAGAUGUGGAACCCAAACACUGAAAUGAGCGAGGACUGCCUGUACCUAAAUGUCUGGACCACUUCCAGCAAAACCGGUAAGAGCUCACCGCUGGUUCCCGUCCUUGUCUGGAUCUACGGGGGAUCGUUUACCUCUGGAACGUCCUCUCUGGACAUUUACGACGGCCGCUACCUGAGCAAAGCCGAAGGUGUGGUUGUGGUAUCAAUGAAUUACAGAGUUGGUGCGCUUGGUUUCUUGGCUUUGCCUGACCACAACAACAUCCGGGGUAAUGCAGGCCUGCUGGACCAGCGCCUAGCCCUCCAGUGGGUGGCCAGUAAUAUCGCAGCUUUUGGAGGGGAUCCUUCACAGGUCACAAUUUUUGGAGAGAGUGCUGGCUCAGCAUCUGUAGGCUUCCAGCUCCUCUCCCCGGGGAGUCGUGAUCUUUUUCAAAGGGCUGUCAUGCAGAGCGGAGCCCCCAAUGCGCCCUGGGCAACUCUGAGCAAGACAGUCGCCUAUGAAAGGUCCGUGAUGCUCGCAACAUUACUGGGGUGUCCCACGGAUCACCCAGCCCAUCUGGACACGUGCCUGCAGAAGGUUGAUCCACGGAGCAUAGCCUCAAAGCAAUUCGAUGUUCUCCCAGAGACAACUUUUUUGGCCAUGCCCUUUGUGCCCAUUGUCGACGGCUACUUCCUACCGGAUGAACCCGAAGUGCUGCUGCAAAGUGCCGACUUCCCGAAGAAAGAAUUGUUGAUUGGAUUAAACAGGGAUGAAGGGACUUACUUUUUAGCGUACGGAAUGCCUGGAUUUAGCAACACCGGCCAGGGUCUCAUCACCAGGAAGGAGUUCAUGGAAGGUUUGCAGAUUGUUAUGGCAGACGUUGGCUCUGUGGCAGCAGACGCAGCAAUUUUCCAGUACACCGAUUGGACAGAUGAAAAUAACAGGAUGAAAAACCGUGACUCUCUUGGAAGUCUGAUUGGAGACCAAUAUUUUGUUUGUCCUCCGCUGGAGUUUGCGCAAAGGUACUCACAUCAUGGUGGUAAAACCUUCUUCUAUUUGUUUGACCACCGAUCUUCUAUUAAUUAUUGGCCGGCGUGGAUGGGCGUCAUGCAUGGCUACGAGAUCGAAUUUGUGUUUGGAAUGCCACUGAAUGCCAACUUGGGAUACACCAGGAGUGAAGUGAACAUGACCAGGAGACUCCUGAAACACUGGGCCAGUUUUGCAAGGACGGGCAAUCCAGGAGUUGAUGGGGCUGCAUGGCCUUUGUUUACCUCUGAGAACCAGGAGUACGUCACGCUCAACUCUAACCUUUCCCAAACCAGGAGGAUGAUGCGUGCCAAAGAGUGUUAUUUUUGGAACAAACUGAUACCAAAUAUACAGAAGGUUUCAGAUGAGCUACAGACUUGCAGGACUGCAACUGGGAAUACCCUCCACUAUCAUUGCACAUAUCUCAUGAUUUUAUUGUUUAUGUUUAUGUUUUUGUAAUCAGGGGUGUACAAAUCGGUCGCCCUUGUCUGAUGUGUCAGUUUUAAGCUUUUUUUUUUUUGCCCGUCACACAAUUUUCUUCAAGGAGGUUCCAUUUUGGUUUCUUAAAUAUUCCUAAUGUUUGAUGUUUUUAUUCAAAUUGAACCCUCCAAAGCUCCAAAUGUCAUUAGUUAUUGAAACUCUAGUUUGAAUCAGGGGUGUCCAAGUUAAGGCCCGUGGGCAUUUUAAGUAAAUUAGAUCAAUUACGCUCAAAUUAACUAAGACUUUGAAACACAGUAUAUUCUAAUAUGACACGAUCCACACAACCUUCCCUAGUCAUGAUGCAAAAAAAAAUAAAGAGGCGCAACGAACAUAAAGGUCGAUAUACAUGGUCACAGCUAACAACCUGCUCACUGAUGUCACGACGGGCUUUUUGCAGCUUACUGGGGGGUUCGUUCUCCCGAAAUGCAGACGGACCACUCUGGACAAAGUGUGCAGGUAAGAACAUGAUUUAUUCUCAAAAAUAACGCGACGUACCAAAAACAAGCAAAAGAAAUAAUGUGCUGAUCGCACUCGAAACUAAGCUACCACUUAGCAUGGACUAAAAACAAGCAAAACUUACGUAGACAAGGCUACCACUUAGCAUUGGCUAGGAGACAAGCAAAACUUACAGUACGUUGACAGGUUGCAUGAAGCAAACAAAGAAGCCAGACCGACUGACUGGCAAAGACAGGCUUAAAUAAUGUCUGAUUAGAAACAGGUGCACAAACAGGAACUACAGGAGUCCAAAACUCACCGAAAAC